UAAGAAAACCAGAAAGUGCUUUUUGAAGCCAUUUUUUUAAUGUAAUUUAAUUUAUUAUUUAACGGAUUUUUGCGUUAAUUUACUCGUUUAUUUUUAAAUAAAUGAUUCUUUAAGCGUUUUCAUUGAUUGAUUUGCCAGCCAAUCGGAGUGUAGUGGGCGGGGCGUGUGCUGUUACGGUUUGGGAAACAUGAACGUGUCGCGUUUGUGGCUGCGGUUUUUUGCCGUCACUUAAAAGGAUCGAAUCUGAUCAUCACCGGAUGGAGAUGUGACUCUGUGCGGUGAAGAUGUGGAUCGCUGAAGAUGCAGUGCAUGGCUAAUUUGUGAGCAGCAUGGACGAGGCUGCCAGCCAGCUGGAGAGAGACCAUGUUCACAGCGUGUACGAGAGGAUCGCACCGUUCUUUAACGACAGCCGCUACAAGGCUUGGCCGAGAGUCAAGCAGUUCCUGUUGGAGCAGGAGCCGGGCAGCAUUGUCGCCGAUGUGGGAUGUGGCAAUGGGAAAUACCUGCACAUCAACGGAAACAUUUUCAAAAUGGGCUGCGACGUUUGCCGCCCGUUGGUGGAUUCGGCCUGGAGUCGAGGUCAUGAGGUUCAGCUGUGUGACGGCCUGCGGUUGCCCUACAGAGAUGGCUGCUUCGAUGCCGUACUCUCCAUCGCAGUCAUCCACCACAUGUCAACCAAAGAGCGGCGCAUCCGGGCUAUAAAAGAAAUGGCGCGCACGUUGCGAGUCGGAGGUCGAGUCAUGAUCUACGUGUGGGCCAUGGAGCAGAAAAGGCGCAAGUUUGAAAAGCAGGACAUCUUCGUGCCCUGGAACCCCAACCCUCCUUUAUCCUCUGCCUCAAGAGGACAUCUCAGACCUCGGCAGCGCGGCAACGGAACCCAGAGCACCAGCGAUGCCCCAGAGUCUGACGACAUGCACAGGAACUUGAGAAGCACAUCAAUAAUGGUGGAUGAAGAAGAUCCAGGGAGUCCAGCACAGCAGAGGAAGCAGAAGCUUUGGUUUUUCUCCAGAUCUCUGGACUCUGUGUUGGAUUUAAGCAGCCUGACCGUGUCUCGCUCUACCUCUUUCUGCAGCCCCGCUGAUGAACCCGAGGCGAGAACCCAAACGAGAAGCACAAAAGGACGAGCCCUGAUCAGACAAGUGUCCAGCUUUUUCACUAACCCUUCCUCCAGGAACAGCCUAGAAGAGGACGUGUUCAUCUCGGAGCCGCACGAGCCGAUGCAUAAAACCAAGUGCAGUAAUGGAAAUGCGGCGGUUUCAGUCACGCUGGUGCAGGAUUGUUCGUCGGUGCCGUUACCAGACUUGGUGUCCAGACAGCGGGAGCGCUCGGGUAGCGGACGACUCGGAGAGGACGAUGGAGAAGAUAUCGGACAGGAAAGCGCAGUGUCCCUUCAUCACCAGGAAGAGUGGAGUAAAGACAAGCUGAACGAGUCGUGCCUGCGCUAUUACCACGUCUUUAGAGAGGGGGAACUGACGCGGCUGAUCGAGGAACAUGUCGAGGAACUUCAUAUCCUGCAGGCCUACUUGGAUCACGCAAACUGGUGCGUGGUGGCCGAGAAGGUCCAUGUGUGGAGGGUUUGAGUUUGUUUGUUUGUUUAUUUAUUGCAAUAUUUAAUUUUUUUUAGCUGUCUUUUAAAUUAGUUUUUAACUUUAGGAUUUUACUUCAGCGGUCAGAUCUUUAUCCAUAAUAAACCCAGUGAGGUUCAGGUCUUUAUAUAGAUCAGGGCCGUUUCCCAAAAAAGCAAUGGAAAGUUUUUUUGAGAGAGAAUGUGAGAUAGCAUUCAAUGUGAUGCUCGAUUAACCAUCUAACCAUGAUCUUGGUGCUGUGAUGCUUUUGGUAACAGUAUUCCAAGCUCAUUUAGACAUUGGCUUUUGAUUUUUUUUUUUGGUUGUUUGUUUUAAUUUAUACCGUAUAUGUAUAUAUCAACUAACUAAGGCAAUUGAAAAGGUUGAAAGUUUACUAAUGUAUCCCUUAUGGCACUGAUUUUCAUGGCAAAUACAAUACUGUUAGCUGUCUGAAGCAAUUCCUGCCUGAAACGGACGUCAUUGCACAUCGUCGUACUGAACCAAACAACAUGAGCACAUAACUAGCAUUUAAAUAGUGAAUGCUCCCUUCUCAGGAGUUUAGUUUUUUUUUCUAACGUGUCAUGGUGGCAUCAUGUGUUUUAUGUUCAAAUGUUUACCUAAGACGUCUUAUUGCUGCUUGUCAGAUCUCUGUAGAAUGAAUCCCCUUUUCCCAAACUUCUAAAUAAUUCCAUUUUAACAUUGGCUGCCGGUGUUGAAUGUUUUAUAUAGAACGCUGAUGUACUGUGUGUCUUAUCGUGCCAUGCCACUGCUCUUACUUUUCUUUACCCGACGUAAACUUGAAUUUAUUUGAUUUUUUUAUUUUAUUUAUUAAACUGUGUAUUCUUACUAUAUAUUUAAUAAAAACUGUGUAAUCGGAUAAAAGUGAAUAAAUAGGCUAUAUUUUGUUUUUUCA